AUGUUCACCAUCUACCGUAAAGCGGCCCGAGUGCUUGUUUGGCUAGGACCGGAGGCACCGAACACAGCGUUAGCACUGGAAGCGAUCCGCCGAUAUCACGAGGGAGAAAACAUCGAUGUCGCCAAACCCGUAUCGGUCUACUUAGAUGGUGAUACACCAGAGCCCGGGUCCAUACCAGAUCAUGUCAGCGAAGAUUCAGAAGGGGAAAGAGUCGACGACGAAAUGUGGGAAGAUACGGACAGCGAGGAAUGCAGCUAUGGCGAAUUACCUCAAGAGGCUCGCUCUUACACCGCACCUUCUGCUAACCCUCUCGUGCCCAAUAUUGAUGGUUCUCUGCGUCGCGAGGAGUGCCCAGGCGCUCCACCAGCCAUGAUGGCGCUAGUUGAGAACCGGUCCCAGGACGUCGAGAUCUGGGAAGAUACGGGCAGCGAGGCUCGCUCUUACACACGACCUUCUGCUAACCCGUUUGUGUUCAACAUUGCUGGUUCCCUGCGUCACAGGGAGCCCCCAGGCGCCCCACCAUCCAUGAUGAUGUUAGAUGAAAACCCUUUCCAGGACGACGAGCUUGUCGGUUUAGGAGAUCUUUGCUGUAGACCGUGUGCUCGGCGAGUGUGGAUACAGCAGGAGGUCUUUGCGGCUAAAGAGCUCAGGAUCUACUGCGGCCAGCAUGAGCUGGAUUUCCCAACGUACCGGGAGGCGGCGCGAGUCACUGGAGCGAUACACCAUGACCAGCGCAGGAUCCGCGAAGACGGCAGGCACGAGAUUAUCAGGCGAUCGACGAGAGCGAUCGCAAGAAUGCGAAGUCAAGAUCCCGUGGAAUUAACAAAGCUGGAAAUAAGUCGAUUCCGGAAAACCUAUCAAGACAACAACUCGUCGGUCGACCGGUUCGAACUUCAGCCGGGGCGGGAAUUCGAGAGAGUUCUGCGGUACGCUAGGUACCUUGAGGCCUCGGAUAGUCGUGACUAUGUUUACGCAUCGCUUGGCUGCACAGAUUGUCCGACCUGGGCACCGUCAACUGGAACGAUGGAUGGCGGGGUCCAGAGCCAGUUGCUGAAGCCCGGAAUACCAAUUGAUUACAGCAGGUCAAUCGCGGAGGUCUUCGGAGAUGCGACGAUAUAUGUGAUCAAUCUACAGCGUGAUCUGCAAAUUCUGGAGGAUCAUACGCCAAUGAAGUCGUCAAGAGCGGGUUGCCAAUUACCAUCUUGGACAGUGGACUGGACGGCAAAUCUCUUCGGACCAGUGUGGCGGCAUGGCAGCAUAGUGCGUCGUCGUACUCGUCUCCUCGAACUGCAAAGUGCACUGCAUGAUGGAACUAUUCGGUUCUCGGGUCACAGACUCGGGACAGUGGUGUCAGUCGAGCAUCGGCGAACAAUAACGAUAACGACGCAUUUGGUACUCAAUGCCGUGAACAGCCACGGAGAUCCGGCUCUAGCAUUCAGCAAGUCUGGCAGCAUAACGACAGUCUGCACCACUCAGAAGGAAUUUCAGCUGCCAGUGUCAUCAUUGUGGUCCGAAGACCAAGAGAGCAAUCUGAACGAGCCUUGGAUCCCAUUGGCUCUCUUGAAGCGAGCACAGCCAGGCGACAUGAUCGUUGGCAUUUACGGAACGCCACGAGCCAUGAUCUGUCUCCGACCAUCGUCAAGUGGUCGUUUCUCGUUCGUCUGCCUCUACGAUGCCGAACAGGGCCUAUAUGCUCUACUGGGCCCACAAUGGUUCAGAUUACGUGACUAG